CGCGGGCCGCCAUUGCGACGCCCAACUGCCCUAACCAGUCUAGCUUUCCCGUCCUUCUCACUCCCCCGUUUCCCCCGUGUCCCCCGUACCUGAGGCUGGUCUGGCUGGUCCCUCACCCGAAACGCGUAGCACAAAACUUUCUGCGAACCGAUCUGCUAGCAAGACGCCAUUUCAAACUUUGUAGAACGCUCUGCACUCCAACCGCAAAACCCUACUCAGACGUCACUCGUUGUCCCUGAGAGACACAGAUUCGAACACGCAUCUAAUUCGAUCCGAAAAAAUAACCUGAAGUCAUCAAUUGGACCUCUCAUUAUGGCGUCGCUACCCCAUAUCCCAUUGCUCUAUCGCAUCAUGUUUCUCUACUUCGAACCCUUUUCCGCCUUCAACGGUGCGCUCCUCUGCCAUUUCCGCCCUGCCAACUUCCUCACCACAAUGUCCGCUACUGCGACCUACUCGCCCUCGGUCCAGGUCAUCUUCGACCAGGUCGCGGCGUGCUACAUCUUGUUCGCGUUUAACGAGGCGGUGGUGCUGCGGAUAACCAAGGAAUUGCGGGUGUGGAAGACUAUGAUACUGGGCAUGGUACUGUGCGACAUGCUUCACAUCUACGGCAGUUGGCAAGCACUUGGUACCGAGGUAUCCCUUCGCCCGUGGCUAUGGAGGAGCGAAGACGCGCUCAAUAUGACCAUACUGUACGGGUUCCUGCUGCUGAGACUCGCAUUCCUCGCAGGCAUUGGCCUCGGUAAAGGGGUAUCAGAGAAGAAGCAGGCAUGAGAAGGGUGUCGUCGAAGUUACGUGCAUGAGGGACGAUGAAGGACGAGAAGAAGCAUUUGGCGGAAAUAUGUAUCGACUGGCAGAUGCAGACAAUGCCAUUACGUGCAGAUAGGAUUCUGAGGGAUUGUGCUGUGCGACCCUCUCGAUCGGAUACCGUUCGAAUGAUGCCCCAGCGGCGCAGCCCACAUCGGUUGUGGAACGGAAACCGUAGAUUUAUUAACAGGGUCCCAAUCCGUAUAAUUCCUAUGUCCAUCUCGGAUUUCGCAUGCCUGCUGCCAACCCACGCUAUCUCCCAUCACGCUAUUCGAUCCAAGCAAAAGGGCAUGCAGCAUGUCGCCAUCUCAACCUCUGACUGCGACGAUAAGCGCCCGUUGCAAC